AUGAAAUUGAGUAAAUGGUACACUGGCUCUACUAUCAAUAAUAAGAGUAAUAAUAAUGAAAAGAAGAAAAUUUGUAUUGAAGUACCAUUUAUUAACAAUGCUGCUAAAACGUUUAAAAAUGAUCUACGGAAAUUUAGUACCCAGAUUCGACCUGAUAUUGAGCUAUUGGUAAUUGAAAAACCACCACCCUCGGUACAAACAUCGUUUAAUCUUAAAGAUAAAAUACCCAAUUAUUUACAAUCGGACAUUGUGUAUGGGGUGAAAUGCCAAGAGUGCCCAUCAAAUUAUUUUGGGAAGACUAUUCGCCAAGCUAUUAGACGGCUUGAAGAGCAUGGUCUAAAGAGGCAUUCUCUGCAGAAUCUUUCAUCAGAGUCACCUACCACUUUACAAUCCCAGCCACAGAGCAAUACAACUGAUUUAAAUCAUUCGAUGAGGUCACACUUGUCGAGAAUAGCUAAAACGGAAGCUUCUAAGCGGAUUACUCAUCAGAUCAAACAAAUGGAGGUGUCCGAUGAUGAUAUAUUUGGUGACUAUAAUUUUAAAAAAGCAUCUAUUCCUCGAGAAAAAUCAGCUAUACAAAAACAUAGUGCAGAUAAGCAUCACAAUUUCGACUGGGACAACUGGAAUAUAACUGAGCGAGACAGGAUUCAAUAUCGUUUACUUAUUAAGGAGUCUCUCUCCAUUUUAGCACUGAAACCUGAUUUAAACGGUACAGUUCGAUCGGUACCGUUAAUUGUAUUUCCGAAUGGUUUAUCUAUGAAUCACAAGAAAAUAUAUGAUCCAGGCGGUUACACACAUUACAUUGAAGAAAGUAGAAAGAGAGAAAAGGAAUGA